CUAUGAGCAGAAUCGAUGCAAGUGAGAGGAAGGGGGUGAUAAAGCAGCUGGAGGAAGUCCAGGGGUGGCUGGAUGAGCCACAGCUCAGUUUUACAGCACAGGAUCUCUUCGACCUGCAGCCUGAGACCUGGCAAGGUGCAGAUGGAAAGUGUGACGAUACACCCAGCACUUGCAGCAGAGAUUGCCAGUGCCUGUGAGAUCCUGGAAGGGACAAAGAAGUUCACAGAGGAGUAUGAGGCUACUGCAAAGGCUGACCUGGCUAUGCUUUGUGCUGCCUUGCCUGUGUCAGGAUUAUAGAUCUCUGAAGCUGAGCAGCUGUAGAUUGUCACUGCUGUUGGCUGUCCCCCUGGACACUGAUUCAAGUGCAAAAAUGGGCAUAUCUAUGUGACUGGGAGCUGUGGAUGGACAAUGGAGAAGAGCAAGUGCCCAGAGGCAAGCAGUCAUUGGCGGAACAAACGACAAUCUUGACAGCACUAACAGCCUCGCCUCUGAGAUGAACGGUGCGACCCACGCACCAUGCUCUUAGGUGACCAACAACCUGCUCAGAGGAGCUGCGCUGGCUGUAGCGGCUGCCGGCGUCGCUCCUGCUUCUCUUGAGCCGGGGACGCCGCUAACAACGUGCUGGGAGGCGAAGGGUCCCGUCCGCCGGGGCACGGAACUCGCUCGCCGGAAGAGGCGAUGUAGCGGUCUGCCGUUACCCGGAAGCGGACUUGACGCACAGUGCGUCGGUGACCGGAAGGGGCGGGGUGUAUCCGCUGGCACCUCUCGAAGCCAUGGAGGGUCGGGAGCCGCUGCUGGUCCUGCGUGGCGCGCUACGGGCGGUGCUGGCACGGGUCCGAGAGGGCGAACCGGGCGAGGGCCGUGAGCCGUUCGAACUGCCGCUCUUCUGGGACGCGCUAGGUCAGACAUUCAAAGUAACAUCACAAGAAGCUACAAAGCUGAGUCUGGCAUUCUCAAGGCCUCCACUGACUUCUGCUGAGGAUUGCCAGAAGCUGAGUGAAGACGUCCAAAAUGCCAUUCUUGCAGUUGCCACAGUGUACUACUGGCUCCCCAAAGGCCAAGGUACUACUCUUCGGAAGAUGGUACGAGAUGCUACCACUGAAGUAGUGCAAGGAAUGAUCCAACUCACAGAAACAAUUCUCAGUGCUCCAUUGGAGAGCUUGUCUCAGGAGCAGCUUGUAUCAACUGGUGGUGUGUGGGAGGCAUGUGAACAAGUGUCCAGUCUUCCACGAGAUAACCAGGCAGCAGUUGCGUCAACUCUGGCUGCAUGUCUAGGUGUGGUGAAGGAUGCUCUGGAGGAGAUGGAGCAUGCUCUGGUGGAAGGGCAAGACCCAUACAGUGACAUCAUGGAAGAUGAAGAGCUGGGCUUUCGAGGUAACAGAGAUACAUAUUGGUCAGAAGCUGACCGGAAGCUGCUUGGCUCCUGCAUGGGAUUAAUGAAGGCUUCUAAAGCUUGCCUGAAGAAGGUCUUGGGUGUAGUGAAGGCUUAUGGGAAAGCUGAUUCUCCAGACCAGAUUGCUCAGCUGGAUGAUCUUGCAGACAUUGCUAAUGAGAUCAGUCCAAGUGUUGAUGAGCUGGCACUGAGCAUGUAUCCACCUAUGAACCAGCUGGCUGUGCGGCUUAAUGCUGCUAAGUUGGCCUCGGUAUUAAAGAAAGUCUUAGAGAUUACAAGGACAAGCCAUGUAUGUCCACCAUCAGAGGAAGGCUGGGUGCAGUUUCUAGCUGGUGCAGUAGAUCACAACAUGAACAAAAUCAAGAACUUCACACAGGGUCAACUUUAGUUCUUCCGUGUGUGUGUGUUGCUGACACUGUUUCUGGCAUGUACUUUUCCGGUGAAUCUUGGUAUUCUUCAGCUAUUGGGAGAAUGAUAACAGUGUUUUUAGGAGAGAACUUUACUGUCACUUAGUAAAACUUUCCCAGGGAAUUGCUCUUUGCUAUUGCAGAAGGUAUAAUUUUGCCUGGAUUCCUGUGAUCCUGAAAUGGUGCAGGGCUGCAUCUUAAUGCUGUGAAUAUGCCCCAUUCUUCAGACAUUGCAACCAGUAUGGGUUCAAAGAAAAUAAAAUAUUGCUAGAUUUGCA